CUUCGUACCACAAUGGUCUACACGGAAAAGAUAACUUAACUCUGUCAUUAUGACCGGUUUGUAUAUUGGACGAAAUCUGACGCCCAGCGUACCAAUGAAAGAUUUAGUUUCGAAAUGUGGCUUGCCCUUGCUACUGUUGCUGCUGUCUUUGCCACAAGUGGAAGGAGUUGGCAAGGUUUUCAUCGGGUUUCCACCAUUCCUCAAUUUGACAUCACCAAGUCCUGAAGACUUCAUUUUCUUUGUUCAUGAAACAAAUGGCCUCUUCCCUGUAUAUAUUGAAGCCUUCAAUGAUACCAACCCAUCACAGUCUGUGCCUAUAACUCAUGAUGUUGCUGUAAAUUGCGAGCCAGUGUUUAUCACCGAUGGAUAUUCAUCCGCCACAUUCCAAUCUGUCACCUUAGGAUCGUCAACAAAUUAUUCAAAUGUUAUUGCCAAUAACUUUGUGGUUGGUCGUGGUAUAAAUGUGAGAUGUUAUGGAGAAUCUCAAGUACCACCCCCUGUGGGGAAUACCAAUGCCCCACAGUUUACCAAAGACACAUCAUGGAGUAAUACAGUGCUGUUUCAGGUGAAACCCUCACCCACAGUCAACUUCUGCCAGAGCGUAUCUAUUGUUCCCAAUCAAUAUCAGCUGAAUGCAUCAAACUUUGAACUGGAAUUUAGUGACCCGGUGGAAGGUGGCAUAAAUAACUUGAAUGUGAGAUGCUCUGUCAUGUCUGUGCAGAGUCUACCAGGAGCUCCAGAUUUGGCUAUAUCCAUCAACACAACUGGUGCAUAUCCAAAGUAUCAGCUGCCUAGAAAUGAAUCGUUUGUCUUGCUAAUAGUACCAUACACCAUCCAGACUAAAGGUUCGGCAGUCAGAGUUCAGUGUUCGGCUGAGUCCAUCACUGGGAACCAAUACCAGUUCUCCACAUCUGAAGGUUCAUCAAGCCAAUUUGAAAUGGAGACAGGAAGUGUACAUCUUUACCCAGAAUUCCCUGAGUUCAUCCAGUCCACAUCUCCAACUAUAAAAACAGUUAUCUCCCUUGACAGCCCUGUUUCCAGCAACGACCAGAUGGUUACUUUCCUCUGUCAGGCCAGUGUUGAGAACAACACACAAGAUGCCGUGUCAAAAGCUGAAACCCCUGACUGCAGCUUCACAACAGACACAGCCAUAACAACAACAACAGCAGCACCAACAGUCAAUGCCACAGUUGACCCAAGGCUAAACCUCUCUCUCUGGGAAGUGAUUCCAUCCAGGGUAGAAAUAACGGCUGGUCGUAUUUACCGCGGCUUGGAGAUUUUGCGUACUGUUGAUGUUACAGACCCAGAGCUGGAGUUAGUUCUGGUCACUUGCUGUGCCCCAUCUAACAUCAACAACAGCCCCAAGUACCAGAACGCAUCUGUGGCCUUACUAACUAGUGUGUACCUUCAGCCCUCCACUACAAACUGGACUCUGGCUAACGAUGCUAGUAAGGCCUAUGUAGAGAGGAUCAUCCCUAACCCAGCCUAUGUGGAGGUAGCCCCUUGUGCCUGUGAUGUCACCAAGGGUGCGUGUAAUGUGGAGUGCUGCUGUGAUCAGGAUUGUUCCACUGACGAAAAGACCACCUUCACCAGCUGCAUUCCAGGUCUGAUUGGAGGAAUGCCCAAGCCAGACCCCGCCCACUUGUGUAACUCCACCCAAAACAACAAAGUAGAUUGGUUCCCUCUCAUGUGUGUGGAGUUUCAGAAUAGUGCCGCCCUGGGAACCUUCUACAGCAAUCAGGCUGUUGCCAGAACAGUCCAGAGUUUUUAUGAGAUGCUGUUUUCUGUUGAUACAGGCUAUAAUUACAGAGAAUCAGAUUGGAGGAAUGCCCCUGAAACCAAUGUUGGUACGGCAGGAUACAAACAUGGUCAGAGAUUGAGGACAGCUCAGCCUACAGCCAUCGGUGGUUUGUCCUCUCGGUCAGGGGUUCUCGCCCUUCCUCAGCGCACCAUAGGGGGCCAGUGUCUUCGUACUGCACCAGUCAGAUUCCUGACAGAUUUGGAGUCAGACUGUACCUACACGAUGACCCCGGAGCUCUGUGGCGUAGACUCGGUGCUGAGUGCCAGGAUGUAUGCGGAACCAUCGGGCCUAACGAGUCCACCAUGUCUGAGAACCUAUCAGGUGCUCUCAGUGGAAGAUUCCAGCGGGAAAGCAGUGUCAGAAGCGGCAGCCUCCUAUUUCUGCUCACCUGACAACACCGGGUUCCUAAACACACCUGAUACCAUGCGGACUGAAUUAAACCAGUACACCACAUCACUGUUUGAUUAUGAUAUGCCUCCUGAGAACUGUCAGGAUACGUUCGGAAACGACAUCUGUGCCGAUCCGGAAAAUAUUACAAUCACUCCGAAACAAGAGCUUCCUAAAUGUAGUUUUGAUGACGGUUACACACCAGCUCCACUCCCGGUUUACAACUCAACUACGAAAGUCUGUCACAAUGCAGUGCUGAGUGUGAAAUACAAUUUCACAUGGUCCGGCCAACGGAUUGUGUUUCUGAACACGACAGUUAUACUGGGUGAUGUGCCCAUGGAGGUCACUUGGCAGGAAAAUCGGACCAUGAUCUACACAGACAACGCUGGCACAACACAUCGGAACACAAGCCUGGUAAAUCGCUCGACACCUGCCAUACUCAACCAGAAAUACUCAGUGAUUUUCCAUCACAAUUAUACAAAGUUAAUCAACACCUCCACCAACAACCAAGAUGGCAACACAAGAGUGGACAGAUCUGGUUAUCCAGGCUAUGACGCUGGCAAGUUGAUUCUAUCUGGGAAGGCUAUUGUGAAUUCAACAACAGGUGCAUUCUUCUAUGUGAACUCAAAUUUGACCAAUCAGAUGGCUCUAUUUGAUACAGGGAUGGAUGGCCUCUGCUUCAAUGCAGGGAAGAAACAGAUGACAUUCCAGGAUGAUGCCAUGUCAACAUGUGCUAUACGUUUGGAUUUUGACAUUAUCAACAAUUGUACAAGUAUAAGGAAGCUUGUCCUGAACAGACUGAACAACAUGAUGCCUGCUGACAGACUGGGCAGGUUUGGUUUUCUCAACUCCAACAAUGAUGGUUUCUGGGUACCAGUUAUCAGGCAAGAUCUGAGUGAGUAUUUUGACCCUGCCCCCAGCCCAACACCUAUUAUAGUUUUUGAGAAUGUCACCAAGGUCGAGAUGUCCGAGAACGUGGCGAGUCGCUGUCAUGAUGUGACCACAGGGAUACAGCUGGAAGUACUGUAUGGAGAGACGGGGAAAACUCUGGGGGCGUCUAUCCUGGAGAUUGUGGGGGCGAAAAUCAGUUAUACACUUUCAACAUGGGAGCUGUCUUGUUCGGGAGCCAGUUCUGCCCGUUGCUAUGGUAACCAGAGUGAGAGCAUUGGUACAGAGGGGCAAAUGGUUGAACCUUUCUACCUGACGACAUCAGUGAGGUUCACAAGGGUUCCUGCCCAAAUUCCAGUGGAACCAAUUAAGUUUUGGAAGUCGUAUGAUGAGGCUCUUUGCCCUCAAGACUCCUGUUGGCGGGGACUAUUUUAUCCAUUGACGGAGGAAUACACUGGAGAUGAGCCGUUUUACCCCCUUCUCUGGACACAAGUGAUAGUUUUCGGAUCGUUUUUCUUUUUUAUGGUUACUCGCCCCUGGUGGUAGCUUGAAACAAAAAAAACAACCAACAGAAUGUGGUCAGAACUGUGGGUUAUGGUCAGUCAGCUGAUAUAAAUUGGUUUUUGGGUGUCACCAUGAAAUAUUUUAUGUAUAUUUCUUGGAACAUGUCUGAAAAACUGAUAUGUUCUUAAAAAGUGUAUGCCUAUUUUUAGCCUGUGAGGUCUCAUUGUGAUGCUUAUAACCUUAUGUUUGUU